AUGGUCAAGGAAGCCGUGCACCGGAUGCUCGCCGAGGUCGCCCGGCGGCACGGUGCGGGCAGGAAGGUGGUCGUGGUCACCACAUUCUCGACAGCGCACUUCGAAGGGGACUGCGACAAGGCCGGCGCGUGCCUGAAGGCGGUGGCGGCCAACGCCGGCGUCGGGCCCCUGCGAUUCGCGGUGCUCGACGUGACGAAACUGGUCAACCAGUAUCCGGACGGCCACCCCGGGCUGCACAUGCGCAGCGACCCGUUCGUCGGCGGCACGGACUCGCUGUCGCGGGUACAGAACGACUGCGUGCACUAG